UGAGUCGUUCGUAAGCCGAAAACAAAAGAAAGUUUUCUUAUUUGCUGGCGAACAAUUAUUAUUUAACUUCUCGUAAUUGUAUGUAGUGCAUAUUUAAAUCAUACAUGCUGUUGUCAUUCCAUCACUCAGUCAAUCAUCCUACUUACGGUCUACACAUUGCGCACUUUUAAAGUCACGUCCCCCAACUACGGCAUCGAAGUGGUCAUCUUCAAACGCUGAGGAGGCGGCGGCUAACGAACGCACACCGCUCAUGGACGCAACGUCGGCGACGCCACCGGACGCCGAUGGCAGCCUGAGCGGCGCAACAGAGCGUUUGGAGCGCCCUCCAAAGCGGCAACAACAACAACAGCAGCAGCAGCAACGUACCAAUUAUGGCACCAACAAUGCAGAUGCAACGGAUGGGGCUGUGCUUACCGUGCCCAGUGUCGUCAUACGUGAAUCUGGCUCUCGUCCCUCAAGACUGAAUGCUGGCGGCAAUGAUGGUGGUCACAGUUCUGGCUCUGGUCCUGGUCCAUCCCAGCAUGACAUCGAGGAGGAGCAGGGCUUGAAAUAUGGUGCCCAGCAUGUCAUAAAAUUAUUUGUGCCCGUCUCUCUCUGCAUGUUGGUCGUUGUGGCCACCAUAAACUCGAUCAGCUUCUACAACAGCACGGAUGUUUAUCUACUCUACACGCCCUUUCACGAGCAAUCGCCGGAACCGAGUGUCAAGUUCUGGAAUGCCUUAGCAAACUCUCUGAUCCUAAUGAGCGUUGUUGUAGUGAUGACCAUUCUGCUGAUUGUGCUGUACAAGAAACGCUGUUAUCGUGUCAUACAUGGCUGGCUUAUACUCUCCUCGUUCAUGCUACUGUUCAUCUUCACGUACUUGUACCUGGAGGAGCUGCUGCGUGCUUACAACAUUCCCAUGGAUUACCCAACGGCCGUACUGAUUAUGUGGAACUUUGGCGUGGCCGGCAUGAUGGCCAUCCAUUGGCAGGGUCCAUUACGGCUGCAGCAGGGCUAUCUGAUCUUUGUGGCCGCUCUGAUGGCGCUGGUUUUCAUUAAGUACCUGCCGGAGUGGACAGCCUGGGCGGUGUUGGCAGCCAUCUCAAUUUGGGAUCUCAUAGCUGUAUUAUCGCCACGGGGACCGUUGCGCAUUUUGGUUGAAACCGCGCAGGAGCGCAAUGAGCAAAUCUUUCCAGCAUUAAUCUACUCCUCUACGGUCAUUUACACCUAUAUGGGCACACAUUAUACGCCGGAAGAGACACUGCCAACGGCCACAGCCACUGCCACAUCAUCGCCGUCAUUCAGCAAUUCGACAACGACAACGCGAGCGACACAAAACUCGCUGGCAUCGCCGGAACCGGCUGCCGGUCCGAGCAGCAGCUCCACACGACCAGGUAAUACGCGCACCAAUCAACAACGUCAGCAGGACAAUCCCUCGGCUGCUGAAGGUAUGCCACUUGUGACAUUUAAAAGAAAUUUGCACGGAAACGAGGAAGCGGCUGGCUUCACACAGGAAUGGUCCGCCAAUCUCAGCGACCGUGUGGCUCGUCGCCAAAUCGAGGUUCAGAGCACACAGAGCGCUAAUGGACGCUCCAAUGAAUAUCGCACGGUUACAGCGCCAGAUUCAACGCAGCAGCCAGAGGCGCAGGAGGAGCGUGGCAUAAAGUUGGGUCUCGGCGAUUUCAUCUUCUACUCCGUGCUGGUGGGCAAAGCCUCCAGCUAUGGCGACUGGACGACAACAAUUGCCUGCUUUGUGGCCAUAUUGAUUGGCCUUUGCCUGACGCUGCUGCUCUUGGCCAUUUGGCGCAAGGCACUGCCAGCAUUGCCCAUUUCCAUUACAUUCGGCCUAAUAUUUUGCUUUGCCACUAGCGCCGUGGUCAAGCCCUUUAUGGAGAAUCUAUCGGCUAAGCAGGUGUUUAUCUAA